GUAGCCGUGUCGAUUGCAUAAUUACGGGACGAUAAAUAAGACGCAGGUUUUCUCGUUUUGUAAGUUCCUCUCAAGAUCGGUCACGCUCCUGCCACCUACCUACCAGUUUCCUUCGCGAACGUAAAUAUCCAACGAGCAUGUAAGGUCGAGGUUGUUCAAACCGGCUUCGUGAAUGGUUACAGGAAGAAUAACGCCUCCUUGAAGCACGCUUCGCGCUAUAAUACUGCAUUCUGCAUCGCGUGCCAGUGUCAUACCUUCGGGCUUGCGCGUUAAUACGAUACAUCCGAUUCGAUAUAGGCACGCUUUCUCCGCUCGACGAUCAUUUAAAUGACCCUUGAUAAUAUCAACACACCUGAACCUGUUAUUGGUUAAAAUCAUCAAACAAAAUCGUUUCGAUAUUUUUUUCUUUUUUUUUCUUUUGAUCCUUGAGCAAAGAAAAAAGAAAAAGAAAAGAAGAAAAGAGAAUAAAGAAAAUUGUUCGAAUUAAAGGAAAUACAAAUUUACAAGAGCGUGACUCGAUUAAUUAUUAAAUAUGAUGAAUUUAUUAAACGAUUAAAUUCAACGAUUAGUCGUAAUAUUAUUUAAUUGGUAUUUACUAAUCGUAAUGAUAAGAUCAACGAUACUUAAUGUAGAAAAAUUUUAAAUUACUAUAGAAACUGGUAUAAUAAAUAAUUCUUAUAUUGGAUUAGUUAUUCAUAUAAUAUUUCGCUCAUGUUUCUCUUAUCGGUUCAUCUUAUUUAUGUUCAUCUUAUUUAACCAGGAUGUUUAUAACGAAUCAAUUGGUCAAUCAAGUCAGAAUGGAAUUUUAAUAAAUCACUUUCCUUAAUCAAUCCGUCCGAUCAGCUAUCUUCUUAAAUAUGUCCGACACGUCUUUGGAACCAGUCUUCCUUAUCGAUAAACCCGGCCAAUGGCCUGGACAGUCCACGCAUCGUGCAUGAGGUUCGGGAUUCUGCUCUCGAUCAAACGGACAUUGGCUUGGAACCGUUGGAAGAUAGAAAUUCAUGAAAUCGAAUCGUUGUGCCGAGCAUGAGCACGGAAAGUACCGUUGUCGAAGGAAUUGCAUAAUGGAGCUUGCGUUUCUUGUUUUUCGUUGGAAGUGCAGACAUUGAGUUAGCUGAUAUUUAUUGGCAGGAGAUUCGUACCGACGUCAUUGACCAAUAACCGACUCUCUCGUCUCUUCGGUUUUCUCGUCUCGUUGACUGGCCAGAGUUUCUCGGAGUUCUUGAAGAGUACCGUAAGAACGUCAAUACGUUGGUAAGGGUAAAGAGGGGAUAUAGACGCCCGGUCAACGCUCCUGCAUUCUACCUCCUUAAUGUAUAUAAAGAAGAAGCAUCGUACGGAUUUCAAGGCAGAUACAGAGAACAACAUGUACGGCAAGGUGGUUUUGACUCUCGCGACAAUUCUGGCAUUGACCAGUGCCCAGAUACCAAGUCUGGGUUGGUGUCCAGAAUACGUACCAAUGGCUAACUUCGACAUGGACAGGUUUUUGGGAGUCUGGUACGAAGCAGAAAGAUAUUUCCAAUUAGCUGAAGUGGUUUCACGUUGCGUCAUGUCGAAUUAUACGAGAAGUCCUGAUGGCAAGUUACGUGUGAGCAAUGAAGUUACGAACAGAAUUACAGGAAUCAAGAGAAUAUUGGAAGGUGAAAUUAAAAAGGCAGCUUCGAAAGCGGAGGAAGGAAAAUUAUACGUGAAAUAUACGGCAGUACCUCUAACUCCAGAGACACAUUAUUCAGUGUUAGAAACUGAUUAUGAUAACUAUGCCGUACUGUGGAGCUGUUCUGGUAUUGGUCCGAUCCACGCCCAAAAUGCUUGGGUCAUGACCAGAGAGAGAAUCGCACCUGGAUCGAUACUUCAAAAGGCUUAUGGCGUUUUGGACAAAUACAAGAUUUCCAAAGCGUUCUUCGUGAAAACGAAUCAAGAGGAUUGCGCUUAUCUCGCACCUACUACCGCUAUUGAGACUAGUACUGCAGCAGUAGCUGAAGCACUGGAAACAAAGAAAGAGCACGUACGAAAUGUGUUUGGUCAAUUGUCAGAAUCAGAACUACCGAUCAAAGAAGAAUCGAUCGAAAAGGAAAAGAUAUCACAAAAGAUAGAAACCGUACCGGAAAGAAUUCUUAAGGUUGCGGAUUUAGUCAAUGAAGAUAAGCUAUCGGAAAAGUCAACGAAGGAAGAAAAUUUGGAAAAGAAAAUGAUUUUAAAAAAAGUCGACGAGAAAUUAAAGAAGAAAGAGGAAAUUACGGAAAUCACGAAUGAAUCAAAGAAAACGAAUUCGUAAAGAGUUCCAUCGAUCUUCUUAAUCUCGUAUAAGAGAAGGAAAACGAAGACGAGAGAGAGAGAGAGAG